GCGCUGGACUUACAUUUUGUUUCUUAAUGAGAACUUGUAUAGCGCGCUACUUGGAAAUGUAUAUUGUCUCUUUUUUAGUCGUCUUCAUUGACUUGCCAAAUACAAGUUUUUAAUUUAACUAAAUUGACAGCUAACAGAAGGAUUAACAAACGCCAUCUCUUUAACGAUAACAUUGUUCUCAAAAGCGUUGCUUUCAAGCCUUUACCUAACACGAUCUUGCUUGUAUUCCUUUAAUAAACGAUUUCCUGCAAAAUAAAUAACUAUAUAAUAACUAUAUUUCAGAGAAAUUGUAUUUUAAAAAGAGCGGGAAAGCAAAACCGCACUACAAUACAUGAGUGCAUUGAAUUCAAACAUUAGGCUGUGGGUGGGGCUACGGUCUUAGCCACUUUGAUUGGCUCUCUCACGUCUUAGCCACACCAAUGAAAUCCAUUCAUGAUGUUUGUCCAAUGAAGACAACCAAUCAGCACCGUAAGCCUGUUGUCUUUGAAAAUUAGCAUGGACAGAGAAUAAAUACUUCUUCACCAGAGCAGAUCGGUACACACUUUGUUGUUCUUUCUUGAGAAAUCAUGCCUGAGCCAGCGAAGUCCGCACCUAAGAAGGGGUCCAAGAAGGCCGUCACUAAAACCGCCGUAAAGGGCGGCAAGAAGCGCAAGAGGUCCAGGAAGGAGAGCUAUGCUAUCUACGUCUACAAGGUCCUGAAGCAGGUUCAUCCUGACACCGGGAUUUCCUCUAAGGCCAUGGGGAUCAUGAACUCUUUCGUCAAUGAUAUUUUCGAGCGUAUCGCCGGUGAGUCCUCUCGUCUCGCUCACUACAACAAGCGCUCCACCAUCACAUCGAGAGAGAUCCAGACCGCCGUGCGUCUGCUGCUGCCCGGUGAACUCGCCAAACACGCCGUGUCUGAGGGAACAAAGGCCGUCACAAAAUACACCAGCUCAAAAUAAAUCUGUUGAAUCUUUUAACACCACAAAGGCUCUUUUAAGAGCCACCCACUCUAUCAGAUAAACGAGCAUCCAAAUUAAUUGAGUGUUUA